AUCCACGCAGGGUUGGGACGAGGGGCGGGAGCCAGAGCCCCGUCUCAUGAGCAGGCAGCACCUCUGCCAAGGCCCUCGGCCGCCCCGCACGGGGGAUCAGCGGGGAAGGCGGCGGUCCGCGGGCUGGCAGCCCGGCCUGCACCCCGAAGCCCGGGGGGACAGCGGCUGACCUGUGGAAUCGAAGACUGCUGCUGUGUGCUCAUCUGACUCAGGCCGGUUCCUGAAUAAUAUUAGGGGGGACCUGGGCUUGCGUCCUGGCUUGUCACCAACGUACUGAGUGACUUGGGAUGGUCACAUGGUCACCUCCCCUCUUGGAAUCUGUUUUUCCAUCUCUGCAGUGAAGCGGUGACUGACUGAUCAUUUGCAAGGACAUCGCCUGCUCUGAAGCCGUGUCUCGGACGCUCAAGUUCCAGCUGCCAUUGCAGAAGUCUGGCCAGGACCUGGGGAGCUGAAAUGCCAAUGGCUCUGGAACCAGCUCUCCCUCAGCCGGACUCAUCUCUGCUUGAGACUUGGGAGUGACCCCUGCUUUCCCUGACGUGCCUGGGUUUGCACCUACUGCUCUCUCCCCCAUAUACUCACGCCCAAAGGAUUUCUCUCCGAUGGCAUAUCCGGGCAGGGCACCAGGGUGCGGAAGGAGCUGAGGAGCCAGACCCAGAGGCAGCCAUGGGGACCUGUACUGUGGAGACUGAUGCCAACAUCUCCUCUGGCCUUGAGAGCAACACCACGGGCAUCACCACCUUCUCCAUGCCCGGCUGGCAGCUGGCCCUGUGGGCCGCAGCCUACCUGGUCCUCGUGCUGGUGGCCGUGACGGGCAACGCCACGGUCAUCUGGAUCAUCCUGGCCCAUCAGAGGAUGCGCACGGUCACCAACUACUUCAUUGUCAACCUGGCCCUGGCCGACCUCUGCAUGGCCGCCUUCAACGCUGUCUUCAACUUCGUCUACGCCAGCCACAACAUCUGGUACUUCGGCCGCGCCUUCUGCUAUUUCCAGAACCUCUUCCCCGUCACGGUCAUGUUCGUCAGCAUCUACUCCAUGACCGCCAUCGCCGCAGACAGGUAUAUAGCCAUCGUCCACCCCUUCCAGCCACGGCUCUCAGCCCCUGGCACCAGAGCGGUUAUUGCUGGCAUCUGGCUGGUGGCCCUGGCCCUCGCCUUUCCCCAGUGUUUCUACUCCACCAUCAUCAUGGACCAGGGAGCCACCAAGUGCGUAGUGGCCUGGCCCGAAGACAACGGUGGCAAGGUGCUCCUUUGGUACCACCUCGCCGUGAUCGCCCUCAUCUACUUCCUGCCCCUCGGGGUGAUGUUCUUCGCCUACAGCGUCAUCGGCUUCACGCUGUGGAGACGCGGGGUGCCCGGGUACCAUGCUCACGGCGCCAACUCCCAGUACCUGCAGGCCAAGAAGAAGUUUGUGAAGACCAUGGUGGUGGUGGUGGUGACGUUUGCCAUCUGCUGGCUGCCCUACCACCUCUACUUCAUCCUGGGCAACUUCCAGGAGGACAUCUACUGCCACAAGUUCAUUCAGCAGGUCUACCUGGCGCUCUUCUGGCUGGCCAUGAGCUCCACCAUGUACAAUCCCAUCAUCUACUGCUGCCUCAACCGCAGGUGA